GAAUUCUAUGCCAAUGGAGAAACGUAGUGGAACAUCUAUUAUAUUCACUUUGAUUAUUAGGUUUCUUUCAUAAGUUUGGGCUAUAAAUAAUACUAAUAUUAAUAAUAGCAAUAAACGAUUAAAAUUUUAAAUAAACAAAUAACGUCAAAAUGUUAAUUAGGUUACCACAAAUUCCAUUAUCAUCUGUACUUAAAAAACGCCCCAUACAAACAGAUAACCUUACUCUUUGGCAAGCGUGUAACUUUACAACUGGUGUAAGAAAACCAAGUGUCACAUCACUUCCACCAUUGACAGAACCAGUACCUAAUUUACCAAAGCCGAUUUAUUCUACAGCUAAAGAAGAACAUCAGAAAACUGAGGUCACAAUUUUGUCAAAUGGAUUACGUGUUGCUUCUGAAAAUCGUUUUGGUCAAUUUUGUACAAUUGGUGUUCUUAUUGACUCUGGUCCACGAUAUGAAGUUAUCUAUCCCAGUGGAAUUUCUCACUUUCUUGAAAAGUUAGCAUUCAGUUCGACGAAACAUUUUGGAAGUAAAGAUGAAAUAAUGUUAGCAUUGGAAAAACAUGGAGGUAUAUGUGAUUGUCAGGCAUCAAGAGAUACAUUCAUUUAUGCUGCAUCAGCAGAAUGCCAUGGUUUAGAUACAGUCACAAAUAUCUUGGGUGAAAUUGUUAUGAGGCCCAAAAUUACAGAGGAAGAGAUAUUGGCAGCUAGACAAACAGUUCGCUUUGAAAUAGAAACAUUGUUAACAAGACCAGAGCAGGAACCUAUACUGAUGGAUAUGAUUCAUGCUGCUGCCUAUAGGAACAAUACAUUGGGUUUUCCUAAGAUUUGUUCUGAGGAGAAUAUAGAAAAAAUAGAUAGAAAUAUUCUAUUAACUUAUCUUAAGCAUCACUAUAUUCCAAGUAGAAUGGUUGUUGCUGGUGUUGGUGUUAAUCAUCAGGAUUUGGUUAAAGCGGUCGAAAAAUACUUUGUUGCUCAAAAGCCUAUUUGGGAAGAACAAAAUAUUGUUUCUUCUGAUAAAAAUGAAUAUUCGGUUGAUAAAUCCAUUGCGCAAUAUACAGGUGGAUACAUACUGGAAGAAUGUACUGUACCAGUAUAUGCAGGGCCAAGUGGUUUACCAGAAUUAUCACAUGUGGUAAUAGGCUUAGAGGGUUGUUCGCAUCAAGAUUCAGAUUUUGUUGCCAUGUGUGUUUUAAAUAUGAUGAUGGGAGGUGGUGGUAGUUUUAGUGCUGGUGGCCCUGGAAAGGGCAUGUAUACACGUUUGUAUACUAAUGUUCUUAAUAGGUACCAUUGGUUAUAUAGUGCAACGGCAUAUAAUCAUGCUUACACUGAUACAGGUCUUUUCUGUAUUCAUGCAUCUUCUACGCCCUCGCAUAUAAGAGAGUUGGUAGAAGUUAUUGUACACGAAUUGGUUUCAAUGUCUAGCAAUAUUUCAAACAGCGAACUUGAAAGAGCAAAGAAGCAAUUACAAUCUAUGCUGCUUAUGAACUUAGAACAAAGACCUGUUGUAUUUGAAGAUAUUGGAAGACAGGUCUUAGCAACUGGUUCCAGAAAAAGACCGGAAUUUUUUAUACAAGCGAUUGAAGCGAUAUCGAAAAGUGAUAUACAGAGAGUAGCCCGUCGAUUACUUAAAUCCGCUCCUAGUGUAGCUGCUCGUGGGGAAGUUAGAUCAGUUCCAUCAAUUGCAGAUAUUCAAACUGGUUUAUUAGACGCUCAAGGUCGAUUACCUGGUUCUCAAAGCAGAUUAUCUCUUUUUCGUUAAAAGUUUUAACAAAAUUCACACAUUUUUUCCUUGGAUUUUUAAAUAGCAAAGAAUAAUUUAUUAAUAUACUAUUCAUUUGUUAAGGUGCCGAUCUGUAAAAAGUAAUAAUCUCUCUUUGUUUUGAAAAUCUUUUUGUAAUAUAAUUUGCAUUACUGUUAUCAGCUAAGAAAUUAAUAGUACUACACUCCUUUUACUGUGAUUUUGUAUAAAAUAAAACAAAGUAUAUAUUA